ACCGUAUCUAUGCGUCUGUCUUGUAUGGUAAAAACAAUACAUGUGGAUGAAUCCUUCUCAUUAAACGGGAUUUGUGGCAAUUUGGCCAAAUACAGUUUUCAUAUAUGAAAGCCAAUAGUUAAUUAUUGACAUUUCAGCACUUGAAGAGCUUGAAUCCAUCAAAGGAAAUGACAGAAACAUAUGAUUUCCUUUUUAAAUUCUUGGUGAUUGGAAGUGCGGGAUCAGGGAAAUCCUGUCUUCUCCAUCAAUUUAUAGAAAACAAGUUCAAGCAGGACUCCAGCCACACCAUUGGGGUGGAGUUUGGCUCCCGGGUGGUAAUGGUCGCUGGCAAGACGGUCAAGCUGCAGAUCUGGGACACAGCUGGACAGGAGCGAUUCCGAUCAGUGACUCGCAGUUAUUACAGAGGGGCAGCAGGGGCUCUCCUGGUUUAUGACAUCACCAGUCGGGAAACAUACAAUGCACUGACCAACUGGUUGACAGACGCUCGGACACUGGCCAGUCCAAACAUCGUCAUUAUUCUCUGUGGGAACAAGAAGGACCUGGAGGGUGACAGAGAGGUCACUUUCCUUGAGGCAUCCCGUUUUGCCCAGGAGAACGAACUGAUGUUCCUGGAGAUGAGUGCCCUCACUGGAGAGAACGUGGAGGAGGCCUUCCUCAAAUGUGCUCGCACCAUCCUCAACAAGAUAGAGUCAGGUGAGCUAGACCCAGAGCGGAUGGGCUCAGGGAUCCAGUAUGGUGACACGACGGUGAGGCAGCUUCGCCAGUCGCCACAGGCUGGCUCAGAACAGGGCAGAGAUCAGUGCAACUGUUAAAGGCUAAUGCUAACCCAGCUCUAAGACACACAGAUCCCAUAUCUCCAGGCUUUUAGAGGACUGCCCUGUGACUUUUGACCCCUGCCCCUGGACUACUGCUGGAGAGACCCUGUGUGGAACUUUGGGCUGGUUUAUCGUCUUGAUCAGGAACUGUGAUGUGGGCUGUGUGUAUCUGGGUCCAGUCUCCUCCAAGCCUGUCUCUCCCUGACUACUGCUCCGUUGCGCAUCGCCAGAGACUACAAGUGACAUCAGCAGAGAGGCGUGACCAAUCACAGAGCCAGGCCCAUGGACAAUGUCUUUACUCAGAAGCAGCAGCCACAGCAGCUCACACACCUCUCACUGUUCAAACUCUUGAUGUCUCUUGAUAUACAGCUGGUGAAAGUCCAGUCAAAGCUAGUAGACAGUGAUGGGACUGACAUGGUGUAAGGAGAACACACCAUCAGACUUUUAUUUGUGUGCAAUCUCUAUAAAAGUUGAGCCUAUUUAUUGGUUGUGUUGAAAACUGUAAGAUAUUCUAAACAUAUAACAUUUACAUUUUAGCCAUUUGUGAUAUUGGUGUACAAUGUUUUAUGAGACUGUAAAAAAGCAGGGGACUUGUGUAUGGCAGUCACAGUGUGCACAUACAGUACAGUGUGAAUGUGUGUGUAAAAAUAGUUGACGUUAAUACACUAUAUAUACAAAAGUAUGUGGA